ACUUGCUAGCAAUCAGUCCUUGCAGUAAAUUUAAAUUUGUUUAAAAACAUGAUAUUUUCUUAUUUAGCGCCAUCUGUGGCGUCAAUUUUAUGUGCUAUCUAUUUGUUGGUGCAAAUAAAUGGAUUAUCUGGUUCCAGCGAUGAAAAUAUGAGCGGAAAAUUUUUAUACUUUGCUUAUGGAAGCAAUUUAUUGGCUCAGAGGAUUCACAUUAACAACCCAAGUGCACAACGGGCUGGUAUAGGAAAAUUAAAGGAUUACCAGUUAGAUUUUAUAACUUACUCUAAAAGAUGGAGGGGAGCAUCGGCCACAAUAGUUAAUAAAACAGGAAGUCACGUUUGGGGUGCUCUUUGGCAAAUAGACAAUACUCAUAUGGAAUCCCUUGACAGACAGGAAGGAGUCGAAAAUAAUCUUUAUUUUCCCCUUAACGUAGAAUUGGAUACUCCAGAAGGAAAAACUGUUAUUGCCCGCGUUUACCAACAAACUAAAACACCAGAAACUUUGGAAAAUAUUGAAAAUCUUCCCGACGAUAGAAAACCAUCUGCAGUCUAUUUGGGUACUAUUUUAAAGGGGGCUGAGGAAUCUAAAUUGCCUGAAGAAUAUAAAGAAUGGUUGCAUAGAAUACCACAUAAUGGAUAUGAUGGUGAGGUUGAUAUUGGCUUAAGCCUUAAUAUUACUAAGUAAAACAAAUGCUUUCAAUAUAAUUUUAUAUUAAUGUUGAAUAAACCCAUUUUAUCAAUUUUAAGUAUAAAUUGAA